UGAAAUUGCGCUUUGUUGAAAAUAGACACCGUUUCUCAUUAUUCGUCUUAAAGAUUUGGUAACUCAUUUUAAUGCUUAGUGUAUCUUAUAAAGACAUGGAAUUUAAAUACUUAAUUUGUUUGUUUUUCACAACUUGCAGAGUGUCAGAGGUGCUGUCCUUGACCUGUUUCCAAUGCAAUUCUGAUACCACGCAGAACUGUAGGGAUCCAUUCAGCUCAAAGGGAGUGAAAACCAUUGAUUGUACAGGGUUUUGCACGAAAUCUAUACUCGAUGGGAAAAGAAUCGCGAGGUAUUGCAUCCCAGAAUACUCUGUAUCUGACGGUGAUUCUUGCCUAACGGCUUCCACCGCCAUGUCUUUCGAGGAGUUGUGCUUGUGUAACGCCAACCUUUGCAAUGCAGCCGUCUUGACAUCAGCAACCUGGACUAUCAUUGACAUAACAGCCAUUUUGUUCUUCAAUCAAAUUGUAUACUUGAUGUAAAUCUCAGCGUGAAACUAAACAGAUUUGAGAAAUUUUAGUUUUGUCCUGCUGUGAAAAUCUUAACAAAACAGUGUAACAUGGUACAUAACUUGAAAAUAUGGCAAGGUAAACAUAUCCAAUAUUUUCAUUGCAUUACUAAAAUGAGAUUUUUGCCAAUCAAACUGCUUCAAAUUGAAAGGUAAUUCAAUUUAAUGACAGACUUAUCUUUAUCUCUUUAGCACAAAGGAGUUAACAUUGAAAAUGCACAAAAUGUUCCUUUGUGCGUUGUAAUUAAAAACAAUUGGGCUAUUUGUAUUUUAUGAUAUCGACAUAUGACGACUAUUCGUUAACGUGAUUUCAUAGUUUGUACCUUUAUGAUGUUCAAAAGAAAUUCGAUAUUCAAAGAAUCUUUAGAAAAUGAUUUAAUCGUAAAAGGACGUCUUCCGUAUGCAGUUCUUAUGUUGAAAUUAUGAAAAAAUUGUCGGUUUGUCGGUUUGUUGCCCGUAUCCAAUAAAAAAAGUAAUUCACAUACAAGUUAGGAUACGAUGGCAACUUUUGAAAUAUAGAUAUUUAAACGCAAUGUCGCAUGACGAUUUUUUGCCAAGUAUGUAUAAUUUUGACAUUUUAUUAUCUAGUUUACAUGUUCGAAUUUUAUUCAGUUGCAUAAUUGUAAUGAUGAUCAUUACACUUUUAAUGAGUAACUGUGCUUGCUUUUCGUGUGCACUUUGUCAGAGAGAUGUUACGAAAUAUUAUUAAACA